AUGCCUUUGAGAUCGGAGCACUUACAGUUUCGGCAUUUCAAUGUCUCUUUCCCGGACGAGCGCAUUGUCCAGGUCACACUGAACAGGCCCGAAAGACUGAAUUGUAUCGACAAGGCGACUAGCCGGGAGAUCCAAAGCAUUUGGGAGCGUUUUGACCAAGAUGAAAGUCUAUGGGUUGGCAUCAUCACCGGGUCCGGGAGGGCCUUCUGUACCGGUGCCGAUCUCCAUGAAUGGAAUGAGAUGAACAAAGCUGGUGUGAUCAAUGAUAUGUCUGCUCCGGGACUUGCUGGGCUACCCCGUCGCAAUGGCAAGAAGCCUAUUAUUGCUGCCGUAAAUGGCAUUUGUAUGGGAGGCGGCUUUGAGAUGGUGGCUAAUUGCGACCUAGUAGUCGCUUCAUCCGCAGCCAUCUUCUCCCUACCUGAAGUGAAGCGAGGUAUCGUCCCCGUGGCGGGAUGCCUGCCGCGGCUGACCAGUAUUUUGGGAUUACAACGAACCACAGAUCUCGUUCUCACAGGGAGAAAUGUGGACGCGAGGACACUCUAUGAAUGGGGCCUUGUCUCUCGGCUUGUUGAAUCCGCCGAUGAUGUUGCCUCUGCUGCAGUUCAGCUUGCUCAGGAGAUGUGCAAAAACAGUCCUGAUGCAUUAGUUGUUGGGCGUCAAGGAAUUCGAUUGAGCUGGGAAGCAGGUAGCGUGGAGGAUGCUGUAUCUAGUCUAGCUAAUGAGUGGUAUCCCCGCCUGGUUGCUGGCUCCAACUUUGCUGAAGGAAUCCAAGCUUUUGUGGAGAAGAGACCAGUUAAAUGGGUGAAUUCGAAAUUGUGA